AUGCAACACAGCAAACUACUGAGAUACCCACGACAGCUGGUCCUCUGUACACUACAGAACAAAAUGAGUCAACCCUCCCAGGAACAACUGUUUCUCAGCACAGUAGCAGUCAGACAACACAACGGCCAACUCUUCCAGGAACAACUGGUUCUCAGCAAAGCACUCGCCAGACAGCACAUUGGCCAACUCUUCCAGGAACAACCGUUGCUUCUCAGCAAACCACUGACCAGACCAUCCAACGGUCAACUCUUCCAGGAACAACUGUUGUUUCUCAGCACACCACUAACCAGACGACAAGCCUAGCAGGAGGGGAGACUGCUAAGUCUAUCGGUACGUGGUACAACAAGUCGCUCAACAUCGCCCUGGUCUGUGUCUUCUGUGCUGCAGCCAUCAUGGGAAUGGGGGGCGCGUUGCUGUACUACUGGGGCAACAGACGUCAAAGAAGACAGCAAGUGGCUCAAGAUCCACGGGACGAAGAAUUCACACAUUAGAAGAAUGUGGUAAAACGUUUGAGAACGUGGACAAAGCAAGCAGAAUAUUUUAAUUUUGGCAACUUUACUCACAAGGCAAAUGUUAUAGGAGGGACAUUACUUUUGUGUCACUUCAUUGUCAGACAGAUAGCUACCUAAUAGGGUCAAAUAACAUUUAGAAGUGUGGUGAUAUAAUAUUAUAAUUUGUUUGUACAUGUAAUUUUGGUCUAUUCAUACAUAAGACUGAUAUGGAACCGUGAGUCCAGUUUGAAAUGUGAGAGGGAGAUGGAGUGAGAUAUGCUGUAUUCGCUCACGACUAAACAUUGGCCUUUUUAGUUCAUAUGGUAUUGUCCAGAGCAGACCUCUGUUCUCUCAAUCUGUAUUUUUACAAAGUGGAUGUAGUUAUUACGUAUGUCACUAAGUUGUGCGUUAUCAUCACUUAUAUCUCAAGUUGGAACAUUAUUCCCGU